UCCCGAGUGUUCAGGCAUAUAGUUCUUUUGCAGAUGCUUUGUCUCCUGUAAAAUCAUAGCUGCACAGUACUAUCUGUCUGAACGCUUAAGGUUUCUCCUGGUAUCUGGAGAGAUGAAGGCUGGUAAAGCACUGUUAAUGCUGAUGGUUGGAGUUGCCCAAGCAAUGUUUCAACCGGAGACCAUUUGUGAUAUAACACAGAAGACAACAUGUUAUGGGACUCUGGGACAGACAAUGUACAUGCAACUGUCAAAGAACAUCAAAGGAACGGCUGUAACUUUAUAUCACAACAAUGUGAAGAUUUUGAUUUUUAGAUCCAGGAAAAACAAGACUACAUUAUAUGGAUCCUGCCAAGUCCUGGAGAAAGAGGAGAGAUGCCAGUUUAUCCAUGAGAAUGGGACUCUGAGUAUAAGAUCAGUGCUGAGGAAUGACUCCGGACCCUACAGAGUAGAGCUGCAUAAUGAGCAUGAUGGGAAGAGAAUGGGCGGUCACGAAGCCCAACUAACCAUUGAGGCUCCUGUAGGUACACCUGUGCUUACCCACCUGUGUGAUGACCCGUAUCGGACUGUGAACUGCUCGUCCAGUGGAGACAGUGUUCAGUACAGCUGGUCUCUGGAUGGGAAGACUCUGGAGGAUAUCAGAAAGACUCUCCAGCUGACUGGGAAUGUGACUGGAAAACUCACAUGCACCGUCAAGAACAACGUCAGCAGUAGAAACGCAACAGUGCUGCUUGAACCCUGCCAUGACACCCAAACAGUGACUGUGACUGACAGUAGUAACAGGACUGAGCCCGUGACCAGCAGACCUCCCUUCUCCAUCAGUGAUGUCAUCAUAGAAGGCGAAAUGCACUGGAUUUACUAUGUCAUCAUAGCUGUGUCUGCAAUGCUUCUUAUUAGUCUGACUGUGACUAUAUAUUUAUGCAGAAAGAGGACGACUCAGACAGCAGAGCAGGGAUGGAGUGCAGAUUUGGACCUCAGAGCUGAUGCCACAGAGAACAAUUACUCCGAAUAAAAUGAUUCAACAGACAGAUGGAUGAUGAUUCCCAUACAGCUGAUAUAUUCUAAAGUCUGGAACAAACUUUGUUUCUAGGUUAUAUUUUUAAAAAGCUUUCGGACAAAAGAAAAACAGCAUUUUCACAGCAUGGCAGCAUUGAAAUGUGUCAUAUUUACUCAUAUUUCCACUGGUCAUGGUAAUGUUCUCAAUAGCCAGUUUCCACUCAUUGUCAGUGCCGUGUAACUCUGUCAGUCUUGUUUCCAGUGUCACUCCUUUCCAUAACUGCUUGUCAUAUUUCAGCGCCUAUAUAGUUUCCAGUGAGUUGGUCUGGCCAGCUACAAUACUAUUAGUGACAGAGGCUGUAGGUGCAUUCACAUAUCAGAGAGAAUUAUUUCAUUUCUUCACUCUUCAAUUAUUUCACUCUUUUACAGAAUGUGAUGUUUAGACCAAUAUUGUAAUAUAAUGUCAAUGUAUGCUUGUACACUGCUUUGCUGUUCUGAUGUGAAAUGAAUACUGAUGAAAACAGUUGACUCUCUAUCAAGAUAACCUAUCCUUUGUUUACAAUUUAGUUUUCUAUUAGUCUUUCUGUUGUGUUAUUAGUGUUUUGUGGCAUUAGUACAGCAUUAGACAACAAUAAAUAAAGAAAAAUAAAAGUAAAUAUUGCUAUUGCUGUAGUUGUAGCUCUGUAGCUAAAAUCUUAAGAAUAGCCUAAAUGUUAUUCCAUUGCUGUAAGUCACUCUGGACAAAUAGCCAAAUUAAUAAAUAUAAAUGUAAAUAAAACAUUUGACUCCAUUGUAGAUA